AUGGCAAUCUCAACAGGCAGACCACAAAAGGUCACUGGUGCACCGGAUUAUGACAACCCGGUGUUUUGGGACGAUCGAUUUGCGACCGGUCGGGAUGUAGGUGAAUGGUUGAAUUCUGGCGAGGCGCUUGUCGACGCAGUAGUGUCAGACUUGGAGAGUCGAGCGAGUGAACGCCCGCGCGUCUUACAUCUGGGCCCAGGCGUUUCCCAAUUAGGCCUUAAAUUACGCGACGCUUGUACGAAACGUGACUGGAUGGGAAAUGGGAUUGUCAAUGUCGACUUCUCUGGAGAAGCUGUACGGCUUGGACAAGAAUAUGAAAGUCACAAAUCCCCCUCCGAGGCCAUGCAUUGGCAACGGGCCGAUCUCCUAUCGUGGACUCAUGUGUCAGAUCUUUUGCCGUUCGCGCCUUUCGAUGUGAUUCUCGACAAAAGCACCAGCGAUGCUAUUGCCACUUCCACCGAUCAGCAUUUCACGUCUAUAGCAGGAGAAGACAUUUCAUCACUUUGUCCAGCUGUUCGGGAGGUGCUAUCUACUCGCCCUUCAAUCACCCUUUCCCCUGUCGAAUUGCUGGGGCUUAAUCUCGUGCCAUUGACGCAGAAAGAUACCACUUGGGUUGUCCUAUCAUAUUCUACCUUCCGCUUCGACAAUCUUGCCUUCCUUGACCAAUACUGGUCUCUACGCUCCCGGACACCAUUAAAAGCACCUGCGGGUCCCGUGUCGUCGUCUGCCUAUACCCCCGACGUGUUUCAUUGGCUAUACAUCCUGGAUCGGAGAUGA